CUGGAACACCUCGUCAUCCAACCUCCUUCUUCUCCCUUGUCUGCCUUCUCGCUCUUUUCUCAUCACUUCUUGACCACUGCGACUUCUGACUUGACCCCGACUUGGACUUCUAGCUUCUACCUCCUCCUCUGAUCAUCACCCGUCAUCCACCCUUGAUAUCCCUUUUCUUCGGCAGUCAGAAAAGGGUCAUCCAUGAUCCCCGUCGUUUGCAUGUUUGGCUACUAGGGAGAUGCCGUGGACUGUAACAAAUUCAUUCAAGCGCGGUCUGACGAUGAAAACAUACGGGAGACCUCUGUGGCGCGUCUACGAUGACGACCCGCGACCCGCGGCCAAGAAACGACGCGUUUUGUCGGGCACCGAGUCUGAUGAGGCCGAGAACAGCAUCCAGUAUGCCAUUCGGGAAUCCUCCGCCGCCGUGCGGUCCAGUCCGUCGCGUCGGAAUUCCAUCCUCCUCUCCGAGGGCUCCCCGGAUGGGGAUGACCUGUCGACGCCACCCUCCUCCCCACCACCACGGUUGAGCCCCCCGCCGGUCAACACGCGCAAACCGACCUUUUCCUUCCUCAAACGCAAACAGUCGGCCGCCCCCAAGGAUCGGGGCCACGCUUCCCCCGCCAACGGCACCGCCCAUCAUCCCACCCCCGGCACCAAUAACGGCACCCCCCUCACCGAGGUCAACUCCAACAGCGUGCGCGCCUCGGUCGAUCCCCCCAAGAAGGAGAAGAAGAAGAAGACGACCCCGGUCCCGUCCGCCCUGCCGCAACCGCCGCUGCGACAGAUGCAGAUCGACCUGGGCCACGAGAUGCGACGCACCUGCUCCACCUGCGGCAUGGAAUAUAUCCCGUCCAACGCUGAGGAUGCGGCGCUGCACAAGAAAUUCCAUGAUAUGAACGCGACCGGGGUCGACCUGGGCAAGGCUUUCAUGCGAGCGAACGCGUCGCGCUGGGUCUACGAGGCUACGCGCUUUGACGAAGGCUACGUGGUCAUUGUCGAUCGCAAAGCCUCGCCGACCGCCAAGAGCCAGGCCAAGAAGGUGCUCGAGGUCAUCAGCAAGGAGCUGUCCUCCCCCGAGAUCGACGACGAGGUCCUCUGGAGUCAGACGGAACCGCCGCCCUCCGCCGCCGCGGGCCAGAGUGACGGCCCCGGGGAGAAGGUCGAUCGCUACAAGGUCUUCCUCCACAUGAAGGACAGCCGCUGCGUCGGAGCCUGUCUGACGGAACGCAUCUGGGAGUCCCGCCCCGUCGACCACGUCGCCACCCCGAAGGAGGGCGCCGACACGGCGGUCACGGUCCGCCCGGAGACGCACCCGGCCAUCGUGGGCAUCUCCCGCAUCUGGACCUCGGGCGCAUCGCGGCGGAAAGGCAUCGCCAUGGAUCUCCUGGAUUGCGUCGUGAGCAAUUUCAUCUACGGCAUGGAGAUCCCCAAGGAGCAGAUGGCCUUUAGCCAACCGACGGAGAGCGGUCGAGCCUUGGCCCGGUCCUUCUUCGGCGAUGUCGAUUGGCAUGUGUAUGAGGAACGGGAAUGAGUGUGCGAGGAUGCGGAAGAAAGAGAAAUGAGAGGGAAGAAAUAUACACGAUCAGAGGACCGCUCCCUCUUCCCUCUUUCUUUCCUUCCUUUUCCUUUCUCUUUUCAUCUCUGUCUUUCUUUUUGUCUUUUUUUUUGUGGGUUUUUUGUGGUUUUCGUGGUAUAUUGAUAUAAAUGGGCGAGUUGAUACCCUUCUCUCUUGGAUAGUGAAACUCAAGGGAGGAACUCUGAUGACCGGUGACCUCUAAUUUCCUAUUUCUCAUUCCCUCUGAUUUGUUUUGUUGUCUUCCUAAUUCUUGAUUUCUGGUUUUCUGGCUGUUGGUUGGGUGGGGACGUGUUGGUUCGCAUACAGAGAAUGAUAUGUAUUACCCGGAGUGCUUUUCGUUACGGGGGAGGAUCGGUUUGCGCUGUGCUUUGCUUUGGUUUUGGUUUGGUUUUUUUGGGAUAUCUUAUCUGUACCAUAUAUUUUUCUUUCUUUUGUCUCUUUCUUUUUUG